UCGCCGUCCAUCAGAACAUCCAUCCUCAGGAGAAACACUCCCAGGGACCAAGAUGUUCGGAUAUUGCAGAUAUCGUCAACCGAGAUUCUACCCUGCCUGCAUUUAGCCUGUACCCUGACCAUGCUAACGUCAUCAAGCCUCUCCCCACAUCAGAGCGGGGAAGACAUGAACCAUUCGCGCUUCUCUCCGCAGUGUGCGGCUCAGCUCCACCUGCUAGAUGCUUUUCUAGCAGACUUCUAUCCGCGCUACGGAAGAAUUGCUUUCGCGAAGCCUGGAAUCCGCGCUGGAAAUUGUCGAUCAUGGCGCCGACCCGGUGUAGUAUCGGUAUAUUAAAUACCCGCGUUUGCGGUUGUCGGUGAUCAGGAACGCUUUCAUAUAUGAUGUAGGUUUCUUGCAACCGCGUACCUGGUACGCGAUCUCCCGUCCUUUCUUCCCUUCUGAAUAUUCAAGAUGGUGCGGUUACGCCUAUUACUGAGCCUAUGCGCUCUUCUCCCCUCCGCCCUCUGCGAUUACAAGAUCACUCUCACGACAUCUUCGGGACUUCUCUUAACAGACGGAAAUACCACCGUUGUAAACAACACUGCCAUUCUAUCUGGCUCCCAAAAUACCACCGUCAGCGCCCUCAAGAACAGCACGCAAGGCCUCAGCUACAGCUUCAUCACGCCGACGGUCGCGAAAGUAACGCUCAACACGUCCAAUGCUUUCAAUGGCGCUAGGUUCUCCGCCUCCUCGGACACGCACUUCUACGGCGUGUGGGAAUACCCCUUCAACUACCGGAUCAGCAACACCAACGUCUCCUUCGAGCUCAAAGGUGUCGGCAACAACGUCGGCAUCAAUUGGUCCAAUGCUCGUGCUCCGUUCUUCCUCACCUCAUCCGGUUAUGGCGUCUACACUGAUACCCUGAAAAUGGGGUCGUACGAUUUCACAACGCCAGGCGAGGUACAAUUCGUUUUCAACAGCACUAGUCUGGUGUACUACAUUAUCCUACCAAAAGGAGAUGGCAGCUUGAAGAGUAUAAUCGAGCAGUACACGGAGAUCUCAGCACGCAGCGAGAUGCCUCCAACCUCUGGCCUUGGCCCGACCUUCUGGUCCGACGACUUCACCCAGGACUUCCACGGCAGCGUAUCCAAUGCACAAGAAAACAUCCAAGACGUGGUAAACCAUCUCUACUACAACCGCAUCCGCGCUACAUCUACGUUCUUGGACCGUCCUUACGGAUCUGGGAACCGCAGUUGGGGAAACUUUGACUUCGAUCCUGCGCAGUACCCAGGCCCGGAGGGCUUUAUGAAGAACUUGACGGACUUCGGAUUCGAUCUCCAGGUCUGGAUCGCGAAUCGCGCGCAGCUGGGCACAAAGAUUUUCAACGCCAGCACGGCCAACGGAUGGCUCUUUCCGGACGACCAUCCCGUAGGUGGCUUGGGCGAAGCACUCAACCUCUCUAUUCCAGCGGCGUACGACUACUUUGAGGAGAAUUUGGAGUACUUCGCGAGCGUGGGCGUCAAGGGGUAUAAGAUCGACCGCGGCGAGGAAGGUGAAAUGCCAGACUACGUGCAAAACGAGCAGAUGGCGCUCUUCCUCGACCUCGCGUACGAAACCAUGGUGCAUAAAUGGGGCAAGAGCGGAUUCUACAACUUCGCCCGGUCGGCAGUCGAUCGCAGCAGAGCGAAAACGCAUAUCUGGAACGGCGAUUCAGCUGCGAACUUCACGGGCCUCGCAUAUACAGUCGCGAGCGGGAUCCGCGCCGGUCUCGUUGCCUUCCCAAUCUGGGGCUCCGACACGGGUGGCUACACACGCGAAGGAGCCCUGACGCCCAGCGCCGAAGUAUGGGCCCGCUGGAUGUGGUUCAGCGCCUUCUCGCCCGUCUACGAAUUCAUGCUCGGCACGAACCACACCCCCUGGUAUCCGCCGUACAACCAAUCCACCGUCGACGUUGUGAAGCAGACCGCCAAUCUGCACGCCGAUCUGACUCCAUAUAUCAAGUCUUGUGCGUAUGAAGCAACCAAGACCGGCCUCCCCAUCAUCCGCGCACUUUUCCUCGAAGCACCGGAGGAUACCAAGACGUGGGAAGUACCAGAUUCGUAUUUCUUCGGCGAGGAAUUCCUCGUUGCGCCGAUCAUUACGUCCGGUGGUUCGCGGAGCGUCUACUUCCCCAAGGGCCCGUCGAAGAAAUACCUCGAGUACUUCAAGAAAGAGAACGUCUACAGCGCUGGGACCACCGCAAACGUCACCGUAGGUCUCGACAGUAUGCCUGUGUACGUCAAGCAAGGUGCUAUUAUCCCGCGCGGCGACAUCUUCCAGGGCAACGCGAUGUGGGUCGAGGACUGGAAGCCCUCUUUGCGUCUCGAGCUUUUCCCGAGCUACGACGUGCCGGAGAGCAGGUUUACGUACUUUGAUGGGGAGGGGCAGGAUGGCCGGACGGUGGAGAUCGUCAUGACGACAGAUAAGGAGAAGAAGGCGGUGAACGUGAACUUGGGGGAAUUGGGUUUUGGGGUUACGCUGGUUUGGUACCUUAGAGGCGCGACGGAGGGGAGGGAGAUGAGCGUGAGCAGCGAGAAUGGAUCGCUCGAGCUUACAGAGGUGGACACUCUGUUCUAAGUACGGACGAGCCGCUGAUAAAUAAAUUCUGACAAGUGUAGCUUACCAAUCUUCCUAAUCGCCUCUUCCCCACCCCACAGGCAAAGAAAAGACUCCCUAAGCCUUUCCACUCAAAACCUCCUCCCCACUCUUCCCCUUCUCAUUCUCCAGCACCACAAUCCUCUUAUUAUUCUUCAUCCCCCGAUCCGUACUCUUCGUCAGCAACGCCGCGCCAAUAGCAAGCCCGCCAAAGCCCAGCGCGCUCA